CCUAUCGCAAAGACAACAAACCCUCCUCCGUCCUUCCCCUACGCCCAAGGAACCGGACGAGUCUUCCCCACCGGAAUCCAUAACCUAGCAACCUCCGACGUCCGACCCUCUGCCGCCGCCUGUCGCACCCGAUCACCGCCACCGCCUUUCUUAACCACCCACCGCCACCGAGUCUUCCCCUCUGAUUCGCGUCUAUCUCAAUCAGCCACCGCCACUGCCACCCCGCGAACACCAAACCCCAAGUUCUCUAGAGACAUGGAAGAUGUCAUUACAGAAAUCCCACCGCCUUCAAGAUUCUUCCAGGAAGAUCUCAAUAACUUUGCACCUCCUUCACAGCCUCUUCCUUCUCCUUUUCUCUUGUUCUCUGACCCUAAAACUGAACCACUCCGCCCAUCUCUUUUGAUCAUUGCAAUAUCGCCUCCAUCUUUGUAUCUCUUCGAUAAUCUGUGCACCAAGACUCUGAUUGGAAGCCUCAUACUACCAGAGAUCCCUUUCUCAGGAAACUCUAUCGAACCAACUCCUGCCGACAAGUGCUGCAAUAUCUACGAGCUCAACGGUGCUGCAAAUUUGACUCUGCUUGUGUCCCUCAAGUGUCCUGUGAGUGCUGAGAGGUCCAACAUAGUUGCAAAACUGCUUGUUGGUAAGCAAAUCAUCCCCGAGAAGGUUCUGGUUUUGGGUUCAGUUCAGAGCCAGAAUUUCCGUGGGAAGCUAUCACCAGAUGAGACUUAUGCAUUCAAGCUGGAGACAUUAGCAGAGAGAGGAAAAGGAUCAGAUAGUGGAGCUUCAUCUUUACUGGAGGGACUAGACUACUUUCCAUCUGGUAGCAUGGUUGAUGGCUUGGCAGCUGCACUAUUGAGUCAAUGCCAGAUGAGGAACAUCAGAGGAACUCUGUGUGUUUCAUGGCCCGACCAUGGCAGUUCAGUUGUAGCUCAGGUUAGGUCACUAUUGCAGAAGAAUGUAUUGCAUGGAUUUGACCUGAGUUCAUCAGCCGGAGUCGAAGAUAAGCAUUUGAGGAUAACCCCGAUCAAAGAUUAUCCUUUUGAUUCCGAGCUCUACACUUGAUGCUCUAGGUUCUUUUUUAGUUUGGAAACUAUUAAGUUUCAGUUUCGUUCUCUCUUCAAGUUCUAAAGAUUACCCAUCUUCUCUAUAACUUGAAAUUUCAGCUUGUUGAUUCAAAGGAUCCUAGUUCCUUCUGAACAAAUUUCAUAGACUCAUUGCAGUCAUUAUUUACCGUGUUCAGCAAAUGGUGAUUUGGGUUAACAGUAAAGGUUGAUUGCAGAACUUCAUUGAUAGAAGGACUUGGUCUCGUUUUGUGGUAAAUAAAUGCUGGUUGUGACUGAGCGAGUACAUCAAGAAAUCAACCACAACAGAAAGCAAGCAAAUGAUAUAUAGUAGUAAGCCAUCUUAAUGUUGGGAAAUCAUUAACAUUAACUGUCAUAUACAGUGACAACAAAAACUGUGUGGAACUAUGCUUACAAGAGGGAGAAAGCCGAGAUAAAGCAACAAGCCUCCAACUUCUUCAACUGCAGCCAGGGAUGGGAACCAAGGUUUGUGCAAACUCAAAGGCUCUAUAAAUACAAACAUAUGGAAGCUUCAAUCUCUUCCCAUUGUUGUAAUUGCAGGCACUGCCGUUGAUAUAGAGUAAGAAUGAACUUUGGGCGUCGACUCUCCAUAUGGCCUCCGGCAUGCAAGGCGGACCCAUGGUGGAGAUGGUGAAUAAGGUAGACCAUGAUGAUGAUGAUAAUUCUCCUCCUCCUCCAUCAUUGUACAACCAAAGACUAAGCAACGAGUCUUGCUGAAUUUCAUGUUGUACAAGCAUAGCCAAUGAUCCUUUCCAAGCACAGAUGCUCCUCUGGAUAGACCAUGGAAGUGAUGCUUCGGGAGUUGACACCCACUCGAACUUCUCAUCGUGUGGUUUGAAGGAAAGCACCAUACCAGAACUGCUCUCCAUCCAAUGCACUCUCCCGUUGUUGGUUGUGACUGGAGGUUUGUGAAAGUGUGGCUCCCGGUACUCAGUAGCAGUAAAGAUGGCGUGGAAGCUCUCGUCUUGGAUUUCUGUCCAAUGCCUUUCAGCCCAGUUUAGAACCUCUACUUGAGCUCCACCACCAUGGUUGCACGAAACUCUAACCGACUUGUAUUCGCUGGCUGCAGAAUCGUAACCAAAUCCAGCAAUCGUGUGAUUGCGAGGAAGAUUCUUUUCCGGCUGGCUAACGUCAAAGCAGAACUGGUCCGUGGCUGGAUUCCACAGCACCCAGUAUCCUCGUGUGUCGAGGAUGAAACAGACUAAGCCGUUGAAGGAUCCGGCACAUUGAAAACUGGUACUCUUCCCCACGCCAUAACCCUUCUUCUUCAAGAAAGGCAAGGGAAAGGCCGAUACCAACCCAUUAAUUGUUCCUCCUGAUCCUUCUAAUUUGGAGGGUAUAAACGAAACCACAUCCUUCCCCGAUUGAGAAUUGGCAUAGACCAAAAGACCGGUACGAUUGCGGUGAGCAUGGCCGGCGUGGGCGGCAACAAAAUUAGGGGAUUGAAUCAGAUUGGAAUGGUGAUGAGACAGGCACCUGAAGCGUAGCAGAGAUUUCGGCGGCAGUCUAACCAAAAUCUCGGUGACGAUGUGUUCCGGUAAGAAGGGAAAUAAUAAUUCUUCGUCCACGGAAGGCGCAGUCUGUGGCUUCUUCGGCUUGAAGGCGAGCUCGCCGCUACGAUCCUUCGGCCGCUCUCUCUUCAUCGUAUUAGCAGGUUGCUUCGGAUUUCCUCUACCUCCUUUCUUAAAUCUUAUGCCUAUCGAGUCAAUCGAGAAACGAAAGACAAGAGAACCAGACCAGGAGACUUCGGAAAUAUAUAUUCACGGCAAGAUGAAUGAGUUCAUACCAUUAAAUA